UAACUUCAGUCGCCAAUAGAGGCCGACACAUCAGGCACACGGAGUCUCGCGGGUGGUACAGCGGGUCGCGACCCUCCACUAAAAUAUCAUUGGCAAUAAGCUACUCCAUUUCUAUAAAUUAAACGUGACUUCUUAAUCGCCAGUUUCAAGAAGAUAUCGAAAUAGGCGGUAAACUCAUCAAGGAAGGAAUGAUGACAUAGAAAUUUUACAAUUCAAUCAUUGUUUUGUCCUUAACAACAAAUUAUUUAGUCAACAAUGGAGACUAACAACGUUAACCGGGCUCAAACGGAAAUACGACCUCCAGUUUCCGGCGUUGCAGGGCCCGAAUUGCCUGGGCCUGCACAGUUUCCACCCCGUCCUCCACUGAACCGAGCCGAUUCCCGAUCAGCCUUUCCACCAGCUUCACUGAGACCUGCCGCUCAACCUCAGCUUCAACAAAGGCCUCAAUUUCAACCUGGUGGACCAGUUGCAGGUCCACCCCAGUUUGCUCCCAGGCCUGGUUCUCUACCUACACGUGGUACAGUGCCUCCUGGUCCGCAGCAAAUUCGAACACAACAACCGCUGCGUCCUUCUGGUCCUCAAUCAUUUGCGCCUCAGCUGGGUCCCAGACCGCUUCAGUCAUCUGCACCAGUUCAGCCAUCGCUAAGAGGCCUGCCACCUACUAAUCUACAGUUUGGCCCUAGACCUACACCACAGAUUGCCGGUGCCAUCACGCCCGACGGUGCCAAGCUCCCCCCACAAUUACCACAACAAUCUAAUAACGGCAUACCUAAAAACGGAACAUUUCAGAACCCUGUUACUGGGCCACUUUCACGCCAGUCGUCUCAAGGUUCUUUAAAAGGCCUAGAUAUUUCAAACUCAAUUCAAAAUAAAACAGCAAAUCUGGAUAACCAAGGUAUAAUCACAAACCCAAAUGACAAUAACCCAGAAAAUGGCACAGAUGCGCUGGGUCCGAAAGGAAGAAGUUACAGUAUUGCAGCAGCUCCCGGAGCGCCGAGCCCACUCAAGAUUGAAGAUGACCGGAGAAAAUCUGUUAGUUCUAUUGGAGGCACAUCACUGGACUAUGUCAGUCGAAGUUCCGGUCUUGGGCUAAUACAAGAAGGAAAGUUUGACAGUCAAGAAAAUGUACGUAGUUCAGUAGGCAACAUAAAACCUGGAUUAGCUAACGAUCCUAAAGAUAUGAUCGAGCGACCGGAGUCACGAAUUUCCGGAUCAAAAAUGGCCGACUCAUUUAUAGGUUCACUACCGACUGCAAUACCGAAAAAGAAGUUAGAUGAUGACGAUGAUGUAGUUUUGCAAAACAAUAUAACACCUGCUAAAAAUGUUUCGGAAAAUAUUACAAAUCAGACCAGAACUGAUCCAUUUGAUCGUUCUCCAUCUUUGACACGCAGUGAUGAUUCAACAGAACUGAAGCAAAAGAGUAGCCCAAGUCCAGUAAUAUCCAAUAAAUCCCAAAAUGUUACUCCAGAACCACAGCGAGUAGAGACAAAACCAGAAGCGCGAUUUGAGCAAAGCAGAGAAGCAAAACCCGUAGUAACACCGGCACCAAAAACUAAAUCUCCCAUUCUGGAUGCAAAGCCUCCUUUGGCUAUACACAAGCCCACAGAACUAAAUAUGACAUCAGCUGCACCAGACUCCAAAAAAUCUAUCACACCUAAAAGAAUAGCUUCUGCUCCUAAAUCACGUCCUAAAGAUGGUGACAACGACAGUGGUGUGGAUGAAUCUACCCAAGGAAAUGAUCUCAACGGAUCUCCUGGGUCUCCGAACAAGAAAAAUGCGAGCAAGUUACCUACUAAAGAAAAAUCAAGCAGCAGUCUUAAGCCAAGUCUUUCGCGGUCAUCCAGCAAAAGUGCGACGGCCAAAACACCUGAAAACCCACAACCUACUGAAAAAAAGAAAGUACCUAUGAACAAGAUCCAAGUGGGAAAUGCUCCAUCGCCAAAUAUUAAAACAGUUAAAUCAAAGAUUGGAUCUUUGGACAACGCGACGUACAAGCCUGGCGGGGGUAAAGUCAAGAUAGAAAACAGAAAGCUCGAAUUCAAAGCGGCUCCUAGAAUUGCUGCUAAGAAUGAAACUUAUACUCCAAGCGGCGGAACUAAGAAGAUUACGACUACAAAAUUGGAGUGGAACGCUAAGUCGAAGAUUGGAUCCCUAGAAAAUGCUGCUUACAAGCCAGGCGGUGGAGAUAAGAAAAUUGAAACUGUGAAACUGGACUUCAAGGAUAAAGCCAAGCCUAAGGUUUCAUCUACAGUAAACAUAACUCACAAACCUGGGGGCGGUGCCGUUAAGCCGACAGUCAUAGCUAAGAAAGGGACGAGAGGAGAUCACUAUUAUAUGUCCGUGCAUGAGUGGUCGGGGGAGCCGCGGCCGCUGAUGCGCUGCCGGUCGGCGCGCGCGCCGCGCACGCCCCGCACUCCGCGCGCUCUCUCCCCUCGCAAGCACGCCGAAGACUACGAGGACGAGGACCGUAUCAUAAGGAACAACGAGAGGAACAGGCGUGCUUCCUUGGCGCGCCCAGCUAGCGCCAGAGCUCCGAUGCGCUCGGCCUGUGCGCGCCAGACAUCACUAGCGCAGCGCCCCGCGUUCACGGUUUAUUAAGAUUCUCAUAUAUGACGUUUUGUUCUCCUAAUAGAAUGAUUGACAAUUCCAAAAUGUGACUACCAAAUGUAACCCACGAAAAGGUAGAUUUUUGGGUAUCAAAUGAAUUCAUAAGUGCGAGCCCAUCCGUAGAACUCCUUUAUGAAAAGGAAUAUCCCUAUAUCAUUCUACUAAAAAAACAAAACAAAGAGCAUUGGGCCAUAUUAUAUUCGAGCGGCACUUAGCACAACCUUAAAACGUCAAAUAAGGGGCUAAGGAGCAUCUAGUCACAUUUUAUACCUACUUGCGUGUUUUUGCUUGACACUUAAGAAGAUAUAUGUUGUAGAACACGUAGCUCGUAGCAAGCCUUCUGAUUCAGUUUUAAGGAUGGAGCGAUUUUACAAAAAUGUGAUUUGCGAGUUAGCUGCCGAAGUGACUAAGCUAAGCGAGCAAUAUUACUGGUAGGUAUUGUUAAAGGGGAAUGAGACCGUGCUAUGCUGCUAUGCAUACCCCUUUUAUACGCAUUGUUCGCUUACUAACUUUUGCAACUAACUGUGGAUACCCGAGGUGGAUUGGAGAUGAAUUAUAAUAAUUAGAAAUAGCAACUCCUCAUCAUGUAGAUUUUAUGUCUUAGAUUUUAAGAAUCACAUUUCCGUCCAUUUUCCAAAUUUUUAAUGAAGAAAUUUAUAACUGAACGCAAUGGUAAGGACCAUUAAUAUUUUCAAUUAAAUAGAUAAACAAAAUUAUAACUGUGGAUCAGUACCUACUUUUUAAAUGAAAAGUUUUUAUGGCAACCGACUACCGAGAUCAAACAUAUUAUUGAUCAAAAUCAAUUAAUUCAAGGAUAAAAAAAGAAAUACAUAGUUUUUCUUAUUCCUGUGACUACCGUACCGUACCUUCUUUCUUUCUGUAUUCUUUGUAAUGUUUUCUGUAAUGAGGUGUGCAAUAAAGAUUAAAGAGUAUUUUGUAUUGUAUUGUACCGUAAAACAUAUUAUCAGUCCUGAUAAAAAUUUGAGUAGGAAUUCAAGUGUUCCUAAUUUCACGAUAUCAACUACUCAUAUCAUAUAUGUUUAUUUGUGACAAAUCUUUUAAUUCUGAAAUCAUAAUGAGAACUUCCUUUUCUUGCAAGUUUUCUAAAUUAAACAGCAUUAUGAUAUUUAAAACUAGUAUCGAUUGAGUAACAGAAAAUAUAAUUUUAUUACAAUAAUUUUAUUGUUAUCAGCAGUCAAUGUAAAAUUUGUUCUAUUACUAUAGUAUCAUUAGGAAUAGUUGUAGGUAUAUAUAAUUUUGCACUGAAAUGAUUAGAAUUGCGUGGCCAUAGAUUAUUUAAAAUGAAUAAUGAAUUUUACACUGACAAGGCGGAUAUUUCUGCUUGUUAAUAAAAGUUCAUAUUAAACGCAAAACCAUCAGGGUUCCAAAUGUUCCAAUCAACCUGCUACGUACUUACUGGGUAUAUCAUUGAAUAUAUUUAAGCUGGGGGCCUAUUCGACACUUCAGAAUGACAGGUUAUGCCAUGGACGCAAUAUGCUACUUUAGUCCCUUUAGUGUGAAUUUAUAAGAGAAAAAUUAGUGGCGUGUCACGACCUGUCACUUAGAUAUGUACCUAAUUCGAAUAGUCCCCUUGAUCUAUCACAGUGUCGGAAUGUCUGUUUGAUCCUUGUCAAGACGUUAAUAAUUUUAACUCUUACUUUUAUAUUAUAUUCAUUAUUUCAAUAAUCAUUAAAUGUUGUUGUAUUAAUCAACGAUUAAUGCUGUGUAAUUUUCAUAAGCUUCUAAUAUAUUUAAAACUUGAAUUAGGUAAUUCUACGUUCACUAUCACAUGUUUAUGGAUCCGUGUCUAGUUAUAAUUUCAAGCUAGCAAGUGUAGUGCUUAGAUUGUAAAUGUGAAAUAACUUAUAUAGAUUGAGCAAUAAAGUGAUUCACCCACACACGAA